AUGCUGCCGUACCGUCGUGACAGCGCGUUGGAGCUGCGCGUGGGCAAGAAGUUCCGUCUGGGCCGCAAGAUCGGCAGCGGCUCGUUUGGGGACAUUUACUUGGGCACGAACAUGACGUCGGGCGAAGAGGUCGGGAUCAAGCUCGAGUCGGUCAAGAGCAAGCACCCGCAGCUGCUCUACGAGUCGAAGAUCUACAAGAUUCUCAAUGGCGGACUGGGGGUCCCGACGCUGCGGUGGUUUGGCGUGGAAGGCGAGUACAAUGUCAUGGUGAUUGACUUGCUGGGGCCGUCGCUCGAGGACCUGUUUAACUACUGCGGACGUCGCUUCCAGCUCAAGACUGUGCUCAUGAUUGCGGACCAGCUGCUCUGCCGCAUUGAGUACUGCCACUCGAAAAACUUCAUCCAUCGAGAUGUCAAGCCAGACAAUUUCUUGAUUGGGCUGGGCAAACGCGCGCAGAUUGUCCACAUUAUUGACUUUGGCUUGGCCAAGAAGUAUCGUGACCCCCGGACGCACCAGCACAUUCCGUACCGUGAGAACAAGAACCUCACGGGCACGGCUCGUUAUGCGUCGAUUAACACCCACGUUGGGAUUGAGCAGAGUCGUCGUGACGACCUCGAGUCGUUGGGGUACGUGUACAUGUACUUCAUCCGUGGGAGUCUACCGUGGCAAGGCCUCAAGGCGAAUACGAAAAAGCAAAAGUACGAGAAGAUCAUGGAGAAAAAGAUGAACACGCCGAUCGAGGUGCUGUGCAAGGGCUACCCGGCCGAGUUCCGUGCUUACUUUGAGUACUGCCGUGCCUUGCGCUUUGAUGACAAGCCCGACUACGCUUACCUCAAGCGUCUGUUUAAGGAGCUGUUUUUCCGCAAGGGCUUUCAGUUUGACGCGAUGUUUGACUGGACUGUUCUGAACCUGCGUAGCGGCCGUCGGGAGCGUGGCACUGGUGCGGAAGGUGAGCGCAGUGCUCGUGCGGAUACGCACCAGGAGGCUCCUCGUGAUGGCCGUCAGGUCACUUCGCAGAACCGUGUGUACGUCUGUGACGAGGCGAAGGAGAAUGACGGUCAGAUGCAAGCACAGCAGGCGUAUCGCUCGGCGGGCACUCGUGACGACAGACAAGCGGCGAUGGAUGCAGGCUACUCUGCCCCUCGUGUGGCUACUGGCGCUAGCCAUGAUGGUCUUGUCGAUGCCAAGCCAGCGAGUCGACAGCGCUACUGA